UUUAUGAAACCUUUGGUAUACGUGUCUACAAACGAUUGUAUAAUUUAGUGUCAUAAAUCCCACGUAGGUACAUUCUACUAAUGAAAAAAAGAUACAGUUAAAUAAUUAUAAAUACCUACUUCGACCAAAAUACCCAGAAGCAUAGAAAUUUAUGGUUCAUAAACACCUAGAUUAGUUACCAGCAACUUUAAUCCGAUACAAAGAAUUACCGCUAACAUUAUCAGCUCGAUGUUCAGUCAAUAAUUGCGCUGCGCUAUCACUAAACGCCGGUUAGAUUACAAAUCAUUUAUCUGUAGAACACGUCAGUCAUAAACACAUAUGUAAAGACUGUAAACAAAUGUAACAAAAUUAAUAAAUCCAUUACAAUGGCUGUCCCUAGUGUUAGUUUAAUUCUUUUAUUUGUUUUUUGUCUAAAUGAAGCAACAGGAAAUGUGAUAGUUGAAACAAAAUCGGGAAAAGUAUCUGGUUUAGAAGUGAAAUCAAUAUUUCCCGAUGAAAAACAUUAUGCAUUUUUGAGUAUACCGUAUGCUCUACCGCCGAUUGGCAAUUUAAGGUUUAAGGCACCAGUACCACACCCAGGAUGGGAAGAUGUUUUGGAAGCAAAAAAUGCGAGAAAAACUUGUGCACAGUAUUACUUACCACAAAGAAAUGUUAAAAAUUACGGGUUUGCUGGCGAUGAAGAUUGUUUACAUUUAAGCAUUCACACGCCAAAACUGCCGAGUAAAGAAAAUUCAUUGCCAGUUAUAGUAUUUCUGUAUAACGAAAACUUUAGAUCAACAUAUAAUGCUACUAAAGAAUAUGGGAACGACUUUUUCAUGAAAGAAGAAGUUAUUAUAGUAACACUGAAUCACAGAAUCGGAUCCUUAGGUUUCGUAUCAUUUGAAGACGAAAUACUUCCUGGUAAUAACGGGAUAAGGGAUGUAAUAUUGGCUUUAAAAUGGAUUAAAGAUAACAUUAUUAACUUUGGUGGCGAUCCAUCAAGAGUAACUCUAAUGGGCAAUUUAGGUGGAGGAGUGAUUGUAGAUAUAUUAUUGCAUUCCCCAAAAGCGAAAGGUUUAUUUAGUGCAGCUGUAAUGCAAAGUCAGUCUGCUCACCAUCCAUUAUUUAUGACUUAUAAUGCGAAAAAAAGAGCAAUCGCUCUCGCAGAUUAUCUGAAGGAGAAAGCUACGACAAGUGAACUAUUUCUCCAACGCAUGUCUGGUGUAUCAGCAUUUAAAUUAACAGAAGCUGAACUGUUAUCAAUUGACGCGGAUGAAGCGAGAGCAGUACAAAGAGGUGUCGUAGAAUUUGGUCCUGUUGUUGAAAUCGAACAUGACGAUGCGAUACUUACCAAACUUCCAGAAAACAGUACUAUUCAAGUAUCAGUCCCGGUGAUGAUCGGUUUCAAUUCAAGAGAAGCGAUAGAAAUAAGUGAACGGUAUUUACACAUGCCUAAUUUUCUUACUUAUGCUGACAGAGAUUUUCUGCUAUUGUUCCCGCGCAGAGUCAAUUACCAUUUUAAAUUAAACGAUCACAUAUACUAUAAAGCGAUUGAAGACAUUAAAGACUUUUAUUUUGAGGAAGGCUACGUAAAAAUAAGUAAACCAAGCGAGUAUAUGAAUCAAGUUGGAGACAUGGAAGUUUUUUAUCCAAUUGAUAACACAGUUCGCAAAUAUACAAACACUACUGAUUCACCUGUUUAUUACUACAUGUUUGACUAUAGCGGUGAUUUAAAUUUCCGAAAAAAGAGCAUUUUAGAAGAAGCAAGAACUCUCGACGGCACGUGGGGGGCAUCUAUCGGCGAUGAACUAUGUUAUCUAUUUAUUUGCCAGAAACACAGAAAAGUUUACAGGAAAUUGUUGGAAUCCGAGGACUCUGAAGAAAUUAAAGUAGUAUGGUCAAUGGUCAAACUUUUUGCUGAUUUUGCUAAAACUGGAAACCCCACACCUCCAGGCAGUGACUUUACUUGGAAACCAGCUACUAAAGAAAACAGACAGGCUUUAAUAAUAAGCGAAGAGUUAAAGAUGCAGCCACAUCUAUACAAAGAUAAAGUGAAGUUUUGGGAUGAUUUCAUUGAAAAGUAUGAGAAGCUAGCGGUAGACGGUGUAGUGAAAGAUAUUAAAGAUGAAUUAUAA